UUUUCAUCCAAACUUCUUGAACCCGACUUCUGAAGGCCGCCAAGCAAAAGCUAAGCCGGCACUCGACGGUGGACAGAACAGAACUGCCCUUAAAAUUGCUACGCCCAUGGCUCGACAAUCUCUAUAACAAAGUUUGGUGCUUUCAGCUUCCUUGCUAACAAAUUACCUUCAUUAUACUACGUUUUCACUUGCUGGUUUGUUCAAAGGAAGAAUUUUUUUUUUUUCACAUUUACAUGUUAAAUUCGAUGGCCCAUCUUUUGACAGUUCGUCGAUUUUCAAGUCUGUUCAAUACCCUAGACAAAAAUUGCACUUCUCGAAACCCUUCAAUUUCUGGGAAUUUAGUGAAAAAGAGCUGGAACCCAAUUCCAGUUCCUCACAGAACUCUUCCUGAACCUAAAGGUCAAGACUUUGAUUUUGUUAACAUUGUAUAUAGUCAUUUAAUUCACUCUGAAUGGGAAAGUCUGAAACCUUUGUCAACCCAUUUGACACCUUUUAGAGUCAAGCAUAUUUUAUUGAAGAUUCAAAAAGAUUAUGUUCUUUCACUAGAGUUUUUCUCUUGGGUCCAAAACCUUAAACCCACUUCACAUACCCUUGAAACUCAUUCAAUAAUUCUCCAUAUCUUAACCAAAAACAGGAAGUUUAAGUCAGCAGAAUCAAUUUUGAGAGGUAUUCUUGGUUCGGGUUCAAUUGAUUUACAAUGUAAGUUGUUUGAAGCUAUGCUAUAUUCAUAUCGGAUGUGUGAUUCUUCUCCACGAGUUUUUGAUUUAUUGUUUAAGACUUAUGCUCAUAUGAAGAAGUUUAGAGACGCAACUGACACUUUUUGUCAAAUGAAGGAUUAUGGUUUUUACCCUACCAUUGAAUCUUGCAACAAGUAUCUGGGUUCAUUGCUUGAUCUUGAUAGGGUUGAUAUUGCUUUAGGAUUCUUCAGAGAAAUGCAGGGGCAUAAGAUUUCACCGAAUGUUUAUACUCUAAAUAUCUUAAUGUGUGUUUUUUGUAAGCUGGGGAAGCUUGAAAAGGCAGCUGAAGUGUUCAAGAAAAUGCAGAAGAUGGGUUUUAGUCCCACAGUUUCAUCUUAUAAUACCUUGAUCAAAGGAUAUUGUAAUAAGGGUUUUUUGAGCUUGGCUUUGAAGCAGAAAAAAUCAAUGGAGUGGAAUGGUGUGCAACCGAAUGUGAUUACUUUUAAUACACUUAUCCAUGGUUUUUGCAAGGAAGGGAAAUUACAUGAAGCUAGUAAGAUCUUUAGUGAGAUGAAAGCUAUAAAUGUCUCGCCCAAUACUGUGACUUAUAACACUUUGAUAAAUGGUUAUAGUCAAGUGGGAAAUAGCGAUAUGGGUGGCAGGCUUUAUGAAGAGAUGUUGAAGAAUGAAAUCAAGGUUGAUAUACUGACUUAUAAUGCCUUGCUAUUAGGUCUAUGCAAAGAGGGCAAGACAAAGAAAGCAGUGAAUUUGGUUAAAGUUCUUGAUAAAGAAAACAUAGUCCCAAAUGCUUCAACCUUUUCAGCUCUUAUCACAGGACAGUCUGUGAAGAAGAACUCUGGGCGUGCCUUUCAGCUGUAUAAAAGCAUGAUCAGGAGUAGUUUUCAUCCAAGCAAACAUACUUUUGAGAUGUUGAUAUCCACAUUUUGUAAGGAUGAUGAUUUUGAUGGAGCAGUUGAAGUCUUGCAGGAUAUGCUUGAAAGACGUAUAACUCCAGAUUCAGUUAUUUUGUCUGAGCUUUGUAGUGGACUUUGCCUGUGUGGAAAUGAUGAAUUGGCAUUGAAGCUGUUAUACAGCAUGGAAAUGAGACGCCUUUUGCCAGAAGGUUUUGAUAAAACCAGACAAUGGACAUAGAGAAUGUAAAAUACUCAGGCCCCUUUAAAACUUACAGGAUUAUUUGAAGACGUUCUUGUAAAGCAAAUUUCAGUAACACAAGUGAGAAGGGUACUUCAUGUCCAAUGGUCCAUAGUUAAACGAACUCGUUCCUUGCUGUUGAUUUUUCUUGAUUAAAAAUUUUAUCUAGCAUAGCAUCUGUUAAUACAUUAUGAAUGUCUGUUUUUGACUGUUGACAGUAUUUCCUUUGUUAAGAAGGUUUAUCUUUCUUUCAUUUUGUUGUAUGAAUAGGGUAGGAUUAUUUGAAGAUGUUCUUGUAAAGCAAGUUUCAGUAACACAAGUGAGAAAGGUACUUCAUGCCCAA